GGAAGAUAAUGUGUUAAUAUUCACAGUGCUGAAAAGGCAAAGGAGGUGUUAAGUCAUACUCUCACUCAAGAUACAUAAAUACUAUCAGCCAUCUCAGAGCAGACUGUGAGUGAUAAAGAGCUCAGAGCAGCAGAGAUGGGAGCUGGAGACUCUCUGACCUUCUGGGGCCUGGCUGUGCUCGUCUUACCUGGGGUCAUGAGUCGUGACUGGAAUGUACGGUACCCAGAGAAGCCAGUCUGUGCUGCGAGAGGAUCUACUGUGGUCAUUCCCUGUGGGUAUGAUUAUCCAGAGGGUUACAAAGUGGAGACAAUCAUGUGGUGUCAUAAUAAUAGUGACUGUAAAGACGCACCAUAUGUCUGUCACAGUAACGAUAUAAAUGUCAAUAGUCAGUACAGAAGCAGAGCAGAGUGUUUGGGGGACAAAGAGAAUAACUGUACAUUACGGAUAAAGAACAUUACAGACGCUGAUGCUGGAGUGUAUAGAUUCAGGUUUAUUACCAAUGAGGAACGUGGAAAAUGGACUGGUCCGGAUGGAGUGACUCUAAAAGUUGAUGGUGGUGCAUGGUCUGUAAAUUAUACAGAGAGAACCCUGUGUGCAGUGAGAGGAUCGACUGUGGUCAUUCACUGUCGAUUUAAUCAUCCAGAGUCAUACAGAGUGGAGUCGAGGAUGUGGAGCCAUAAUGCUGAGGACUGUGCUGGAAAAUCAUAUGUCUGGCACAAUAAUAGUCAUAAAAUAAACAUUAGUACUGAGUAUAGAGACAGAGCAGAGGUCUUGGAGAACACGGAGAACAACUGUACAUUAAUGAUAAAGAACAUUACAGACGCUGAUGCCGGACUGUAUAGAUUCAGUUUCACAGCUGGUAGGUGUGAACUGUGCGCUCAGCCUGGAGUAGAACUGCGAGUCGGUGAAUUAAAGGUGAUGGUGACGUCAUCUACAGGAAAAGGAUUAUUGAUAGAAGGAGACUCUGUGAAUCUGACAUGUGGCUCAGAGAACUGCUCUCUCAGCCAAUCAGAAUUCACCUGGUUUAAGGACAAUAAAUCAAUCACAGACACACUGUCCACAAUUCACUUCAACCCUGUCUCCUAUAAUCACUCUGGAAACUACUCCUGUGCAUUGAAGGGAUACAUAGGGACUGUGUCCAGUACCCUGAUACUUAAUAUUCAAUCCUGUAUUUACCCUGCAUUCCCUCACUAUAACCCGAUGACAGUGAUACUGGUGUGUUUGGGGAUACUACUGCCUGUUUUAGCUGUAACAGUCUGCAUAAUGAGAAGGAAGAGAAAUUCACUGAAUGAGCCAAAUGACAGAGGGGGUGAAAAACAAAUCGCAGAAGAUAACGAGUAUGCAGACAUUAGAGAGUCUGGCUCUCAGACCGGCAGCCAGAGGCAGGAAGCCCCAUCUCAGGGGGAGGGGGAGGAAGUCUGCUAUGCUUCCGUGCAGUUUAACACCAAACCUCCAGGCAGGCAGUGUGAUGUCAGUAACGCGGAGAGCCCUGAUGAUGCAAUCUUGUACGCUGCAGUCCGAAAACCAGCCAUCUGCAGUUAAACCAGGAGUCUUCCUCACUUGCGAUUCCACUCCUCUGCUUCCUCCUGCUGGAUCCUCCCCCCCUCCACAAGGAUGCCUCGACAAGGACAGCAGUCUCUUCCAGAGCUGAUUCCAUAGAGCACACUGGAGCUGCAGUGAGCAUCGUAAUGCACACUGGAGCUGCAGUGACCAUCAUAAAGCACACUGAAUCUGCAGUGACUAUAAGGCACUCUGGAGCGGCCCUUUGGUAGAGAGACACUCUCAGGGAACUGAGUCAGUUUGUCAGUUUGUGCCUGGUGCCCUUUUCUGGACAAAGAUUCAGUUUCAGAUGUUUCAGAAUAUUUAUUAUCAUUGUACAAAUACAACGAUAUUGGGUGCAGUUCCAGUUGUAUUUAUGUAUGUAAUAAUCUACAGCUCACACCCUUAGCUCUGAAUCCUGCUUCUGCUUUGUGUGUGUAGGGCUCCCCCUUGUGGGCAGUCCAAAGAUAGUCUGGUCUCCUGCCCAGAGUGAGCUGCUGCUUUGUGGCCUGUGCUGCCUGGCAAAGGCCUCCCCCACGACCCUGACCAGGAACAGCAGCUGGAAGAUCAUUUUUCAUCAUCCACUCUGCCCAGGAGAUCAUUUUUUGCAUAAAAUUGUGUGUGCACUGCUGGUUUGUAUUCCUGGUGCAUAAUUACUUGCUGGUUUAACAAAGUUAGAGGGAGCAGAGUCUGCAAAGGCAUCCUGGCACAUUUAGGCCUUUGCACAGUGAAUCCCAGCUGGUCAGGAAUAGGGAUGGGACAGGGAUGGGAUAGGAAUGGGACAGGGAUGGUAUAAGAAUGGGACAGGGAUGGGACAUGAAGAGCAGAGACAGACUUCCUGCGUGGAAACAGUAUCAUUGUAGACAUUUGCAGUGCUUUCAUAGGUUUACGGCUCAAUUUAAUGAUUUUGGUCUCCAUUUACUAUAGUAGCCUUGCUGUGUGUAAACAGUAUCACUGUAUUGAUAUGGCUGUAUUUUCAUUGUUAUAUAGCUUAAUUGUAGGAUUUUCCUUAAUUUUCGGUAGUAAAAGCCAUUCAUUUAAACUCUGUGGUCCUCUCUCACACACAAUAUUUCACAGAUCCUACAAGCCCAAAGCAUACAAAGCUAGAAUGGAAUGGAAAAUGCACAAAAUAACAGUGAUUCUGAAAUUUGCUUUGACUUUUAUUUCAUUGCAGACAGUAUGAACCCAAGACAGCUCAUGUUCACUUUUAUGUUCAUAUAGUUCAUGGUUUGUCUGACCAUUAUUAUUAUUAUUAACCCAGGUUCAUGUUUUUCUGGUCAACUUCAUUUCCUUUGUUAAUAUACAUCCAUUCCUGUAUUUCAGGCCUGCAACACAUUCCUAAAAAAGUUGGGACAGGAGCAGUUUAGGGCUGGUAAUGAGGUAGAAAAAAAUAUGUGAUUUAAAGCAGGUGAUGCCAACAGGGGAUUGUAAUUAUGAUUUGGUACAAAAGCAGUAUCCACAAAAGGCUGGCAGCAUGGGGGCAGUAUGGUGUCGAAAGCUGGCAGUAUAGGGGGAAAGCUGGCAGUAUAGGGGUACCUACCCCACCAUCACACCCACUCUCUGUUUUAUGUUUAUAAUCACUAUAUAUAAGUUUAAGCUUUAGCAGUUAUGUAAUGUUUACUGUGUGUCGAUAAAUGUCUUUUUGUUGAAA